AAUCACUUUAUAAAUUACAAUCUGUCAAAAGUGUCAAUAUUUUGUGUUAGAAAUAUUUUUUCCAUUAAAUUAUUAAAUAUAUAUUCUAAAAAUGAAGCCAGCACUUGUAGCUGAUGAAAUGUUCCCCGAAGGAGCUGGGCCAUACAUGGAUUUAGAAGAGGCCGGAGGAUCAACAGGUUUAUUAAUGGAUUUAGCAGCUAAUGAAAAAGCUGUCCAUUCUGAUUUCUUCAACGAUUUUGAAGAUUUGUACGAUGACGAAGAUUUAAGUUAAAACGCAAGAAUUUGAAUAUUUUUAUAGAAUUUUUUUAUUAGUUGAAUGAGAACAUUUUGGUUACAAUUAUAAUUUAUUGUUGAAGUGGUUCCAGUACCAAAUUUAGUUUUUUUUUCAAAUACAAUCACAGUUCCAGUUUCCAAAAGUAA